AUGCAUCUAGAAUUCCCUGAUGAAGACAUCAUGACCUUGUUCAGGGAUGAAGUAGUGGAUGAAGAUAGGGACAAAUGGAUUGUGUGGUUUGAUGGCGCGUCUAAUGCACUAGGCCAUGGAGUUGGGGCGGUUUUGGUUUCCCCUAACAAACAAUAUAUACCUUUCACGGCUAGGUUGGGUUUUGACUACACAAACAACAUAGCUGAGUAUGAGGCAUGUGCCCUUAGGAUCCAAGCGGCAAUUGACUUCAAGGUCAAGUUGCUCAAGAUAUAUGGGGACUCAACCUUGGUAAUCCACCAAUUGAGAAGGGAAUGGGAGACCAGGGAUCAUAAGUUGGUGCCCUACCAGGCCUACAUCAGGAAAUUGAUAGAAUUCUUUGAUGUCAUAUCCUUUCAUCACAUUCCUAGAGAGGAGAAUCAGAUGGCCGAUUCCCUUGCCACUCUAGUGUCCAUGUUCCAACUAACCCCGCACAAGGAUUUGCCAUACAUCGAAUUUAGAUGUCGUAGCAAGCCUACACAUUGCUGCUUGAUAGAAGAGGAGCAGGAUGUCGGCAUUUUCCUAAGUGGGAAUAUCCUGUACAAGAGGAACCAUGAUAUGGUUUUGCUUCGAUGUGUGGAUCCUAGAGAGGCUGAGAAAAUGCUGGUAGAGGUGCAUGAGGGAUCCUUUGGAACCCAUGCCCACGGACAUGCCAUGGCCCAGAAGAUUUUGAGAGUAGGGUAUUACUGGCUCACAAUGGAGAAUGAUAGUUGCAUCCAUGUGAGGAAAUGCCACAAGUGCCAUGCCUUCGCUGAUUAUGCCAAUGCUCCGCCUAUACCUUUGAAUGUCUUAGAAGCACCUUGUUCGUUCUCUAUGUGGGGUAUGGACGUGAUCGGAGCUAUUGAGCCCAAGGAUUCAAAUGGACAUGGCUUCAUCUUAGUCGCCAUUGACUACUUCCCCAAAUGGGUCGAAGCAACUUUGUAUGCUAUUGUGACUAGGAGUGUGGUGGUUAGGUUCAUCAAAAAGGAUAUAAUUUGCCAGUAG